GUAGGCAUUGAGUACGAAGCUCUUGUUCUUUGCAGUCAGCUACAUCAAUGUGGUUUUUGAAGACAUUCAUUCUUGCCGUGCUGCUUAUAGUUCCGUCAUCGCAAUGGGAUAAGGUCCAAUAUUGCUUCCGGGAAUGCUACACCCGCUAUGUCGAUACUAAAGCCGCCGAGUGUUAUAAAGCCUGCAUGAUAAAGUUGCAAAUGUGGAUCAAUCUUUACUGGCUUGCAAAUCUGGAUAUAAGAGAUUGUCUUUCAAAAGGCUUUAUAUUUGCUUUAACAUCUCUUGCCCCGACGUCCUUCGUCAAUCGUACAUAUUGUAAAGCUGGCUUCAACUUACAAUUAGAUCUGCAUAUGAUUCCUGGCAGAUGA